AUGUCGCACUACGACGAGUCUUCCAACUUCUCUGACCUCAGCUCUCUCGAUGGCUCGGACGAGUUCGGUCGCAAACUACUCCAGCAUACCAAAGACGCUCAGCGCAUUUCGGCCUUGACCCAGUCGCACGCCUUUAGCAAAGCAAAGCCCCUGCCACGCGCCGCCCUGAGUCUCGACAACCUCGAGCGCAACAACGCCUAUAACCCUCCCUCGUCCCAACCUGAUCAUCACCACCCAGCUAGCCUCUCCGGCAGUACCGCCUCAGACCCGCCAUUGAACCCGCCGCGAGCAUGGGGAAGGAAAGGGAGACCGAACCACACCUGGAUGCGUCACAUCCACGACCAGCCUCAGUCCAACAUCCAAUCGAGUCCCAACAUCGACUGGGCAGAUGCUGCGAACGACUCCCUAUACUCCUCUGCCCAUGUCUCCCCACCACAAAGACGUGCCCGCACCCUUUCGAAACAGCCUGCGGUCGAACAACACGACAGCUACAUUGAUCAGUGGAAUCCAGAUCAAGACUUUAGUGCCGCCUCGCUGCUAGUUUCUACACCCGCCGUACCCUCACGCUCCCGUUUGACCAUUGAUCAGAUCCGAGAACGCGAAGUCCAGACGUACGAAGCUCGUGCUUCCUCAUCCCUUCGCCGCCAACUGAGACAACAAUCGACAAAUGAGACAAUAUCGCGUACAUAUCGAGACACCCACGUAGAACCCACUCCAUCUCAGCUUUCCAAGCCAAACAUUGCUCAUAAAGAGAAUAUACCCCUGGCACCGCGACAGUCAGCCCGCUCUUUGUACAAAACUGUCGAGACCACAUCACACAUGCCUUCAACCACUCCACAGCCUGCACAGCGAAAAGCAGACUCCCUGGCAUUGCUUAAAAGGCUGUCAAGGACUCCGAGCGCUUCGCCUUCUCCUACUGCCGCUAAGGAAGCCAUGCCUGCACAUAACCCUGCCCGUCAGGAUACUGCAUGGUCGGACAAGUACCCAAAGCAGAAUACACGAUCACUGUUCCGAGGAGACUCGCCGCAGGCUCCCGAGGUUGUANAAGGCCCUGAGGUGGUUUGUGUUGAGCAGGGUGACUCAUCACAAGCACCCGAAGUAGUGGAAAUUGCAGAACCUGCAUCUUCAGAACCCUUGGUGACCCCUUCAAGGCCGCUAGAACGACAACUACCCGCCAAAACUCCUGUGGUGAUGGGUGCCUGGAUAGACACACCACAAACUGCCCGUCAGUCGAACAACUCUGCGACAUCUCAAGUUGAUCAUCAAACCACACAACAUAGCGAGCCAGCUGCUGAAGAUCCACACCAACGCUCGAUUAGCGAACCGAAUCUGCCCACCUCUGCUUUGGACGCUGUACUCAAGGAUCUUCGGAACGGCAAGCGACGAGAAGAUGAUGAUCCAACGCUUGGCGAUUCUACUAUUGCCAGCUUGGAAGACGUUAUGGUCCGAUCUGCCGACAACACUUUAAGACUCGAUCUUCCGGACGUACCUUCAGCCCAGACCCAAUCUUCGAAUGCAAACAACAAGCAGGAUACAACCCAACCUGAAACUGAAAAGAGAGGACAACAUUCUGAACCUGAGCGGAAACAAAAUAUAUCUGCCUCGCAGAAGGAUACGGACCUACGACAGAGAUGGUCCGUUCUGGGACGUUCCAGCAAACAAUCGAGCGGCACAAGUGCCACAUCCGGACAGAAAUCACAAACGGAAAACGAUCGCGACUUGGGUGCAGCAAUUGCAUCGGCAUCCAGAGGGUCUACCUCCAGGUCGAGCGAUAUCCGGAGUGCUCAUCAGCAUGUAGCAGGCAUACAAUGCACGCAAUGUGGACGACCGACCAGUGUGCUUCGCGCUGCAUGGAACGAGUACUGGGGCUGGUAUUUUCGUCGCAACGCUCAAGCUCCGCUAGGCUUCCGAUUGACUUGGCUCGGACUAGCAUGCACAAUAUUUUGGACAUGGCUCAUCACCGAAUGGAUCUUCAGUUCCAUGUUGAGUCCUCCCAAGUACGCGACUAAGAUGCGUGGAUUUGGUGUAGACCCACACGUGCCACGUUUCCCUUAUGUUCUACCAACUGUGGCAUCACGGCCCUUGACUCCGUUGAUAUCCCCGCUUGUGUCUUCAGUUGGGUGGUUGUGGAAAGUCAUCUGGGGGCAAGAAAAAUACAAGUACUACCCUGCUAGUCCUGGUGCUUGGGGAUCGGCUGCGAAAGUAAAGAUUGGACCUCCUGGCCCACGAUCAGCGUACUAUACUAGCAGCAACAUAGCAGAUGAUGUGCGAUGGGCGGACCAAGAGACUACAGGGCAUGCAUGGCAUACUAAGGAGGAAGCUCAGCGAAAUACUUGGAGCACCUGGGAGACAAAUGGGGAUGGGAGCAUGCUUGACGAUGAGCUUAUCAUUUGA